AUGCUGAGAAAUGACAGGGACUUCAAAUAUCACCCCAAAUGUAGCAAACUCAAAAUCACCCAUUUGAUUUUUGCUGAUGACCUGCUUUUAUUCAGCUAUGGGGAUCUAAAUUCUGUGCAGAAGAUACUUCAAAUCUUUCAAAAAUUCAGCAAGAUUUCUGGGCUUGAAGCUAAUCAGGAUAAGUGCUCUAUCUAUUUUGGUGGUGUUGAUGACACAGUCAAAGGCAAUAUUAUGCAUCUCUUAAAUUUCUCCGAGGGCACUCUUCCUAUUAGAUAUCUGGGAGUCCCAUUAAUUUGCAAAAGACUCACUUAUGAAGACUGUACCUCACUCAUCAGCAAAGUAACUGAUCAAUUUCAGACAUGGAACAAGAAUAAAAAUCUCACCUAUGCAGGCAGACUUCAAGUCAUAAAGAGUGUCAUUUUGGGCAUACAAAUAUAUUGGACCUCAAAUUAUAUCUUACCAAUCAAGGUAUCUCGUAAAAUUGAUGAAUUAUGCAGACUUUUCUUAUGGGGAAACUCUGGUUACUCUUCCGGGACUCCUUUAGUCUCCUGGGCAAGGUUACUGAAAGCCAGAGAUAAAGCUGUUCAAUACUGUGGAGGAGUGGAGAAUCUAAUACAACUUCUAAAUUCCUGUACAAUCAACUCCAAACUACAAGUAUCUGCAGUAUAUCAUGCCAUAUCCCCUGUAACAUAUGCAGUUCCAUGGCAUAUUACUGUGUGGGAUAAGAGAUGCUACCCAAAGCAUGCAUUUAUAUGCUGGUUAGCUGUCCAAAACAAAUUACUCACUCAGGACAGGUUGUUGAGAAGAGGCAUUAUAAAUGAAAAUGUUUGCUGCUUAUGCUCAGGUGGUAAUUUAGAGAGCCGUGAUCAUCUCUUCUUUGAUUGCAACUUCUCUAGGGAGAUAUGGAAUAAUAUAAUGGAUUGGCUUCAAUUCUCUUGGAAAUCUUGUGACUGGAAUCUCCUUAUGAACUGGUUCUGCACCAGACUGAGAGGAAAUAGCUUUAAACAUGGCAUUAAAAGAAUGGCUUUAUCUGCCGCUAUCUACAGAAUUUGGUGUGAAAGGAAUGCAAGAAUUUUCCAAUCUAAGACCAAAGGUGUUGAGCAAUUGGCUAAUAAUAUCAAGAUGGACAUAUUGAUCAACAACCUAAAUAAUUCUAUUUUGGAGGAAGAUAGAGUAUGGCUCCUCUCUCUGUAA